CGUUGCGAGUAGGUACUUGCGAGGCGAGUGUAGGUACUAGGUAGUGGAUGUGUGUCUAUUGUGCAAUGUGCAUCGUCUAUGGCGAGCGGGAAAGCCGCGUUUUCGAUUUUAUGCAUGUAUCAUAUAUCAUCAAGCAACGUCAAGAAGAUUUCAAGAAUGGAGCCGCCGCCGGUAGACGAGGCGGCAGAGAAAACGAUCUCGGACUAUCUGCGGUCUUGGGGAUUGGAAGCCUACAUUCCAAAAUUUUUGGAAGAAUCCAUUGAUGUGGAGACUCUCCAAAUGUUAUCAGAGGCUGACCUGAAAGACUUAGUGCCAAUUAUUGGACACCAGGCUAAGCUGACGACACAAAUCAAACUUUUGACCAAUAUAAUGUCAAAUGCUUUUGAGAACACUAGUCCAAUGAAGAACAAACUGAUUUAGCCGCUCUAACAUCGCUACCUUUUUUGAUGAGCACAUCAAAUGUUACUUCUACAAAGAAAGCAACUAAAAAGACACACUGGAGACCAUCAAAGCGAGAGGUAUUGGAAGGCUUCAUAACUCAAGUCGCAAGUCCAGCUGAGGUAGCAGUAGAGAUAACAAGAAAAAGAGACAAGCUUAUGGAAAUGGACCUUCAAAUGCAACCUUUUGUAAUUGCAGUUGUGUCACCGAAUAAAUCAAUUACAGCAAGGUACAUAGUGAUUAAUAACAUAACAUAUGAAAUGCCAACUAUUACAAAAGCUGUAGAAGUUUUUUUAAAGGCGAUUUUUGUAUUGAAUGCUGAAUAUCCUAAAGAGUCCCGUCAUGUCUGGCAGU